AGCUUGCAUAAUUGAAACGUUAACGACCGGCAAUUCAGUCAAACGGUGAAACUCCAGCUAAGUUUGGGAGAUGCGUCGUCACAUUGCAGCCAGCAGCACGUUUAUGGUGUGCCGACGUCAGGACCGGAUGUUGACAGUGUGUGCUCGCAGACACCUCAUUAGGUACAGCCAACAUCAACAACAAAACCACCGACGAAACUAACGGCGAAUAUCCGUGUAAAACGCAACAAAAUCCACCCGAUACUGUACCGAAGGGGACUUUUGGACCUUGAAAGCGCGCCGGAGACGCCGUCAGAAUGGGCCGCAUCUUCCUGGACCACAUCGGCGGAACGCGCCUGUUCUCUUGCGCCAACUGUGACACCAUCCUGACCAAUCGCUCCGAGCUCAUCUCCACCCGAUUUACGGGCGCCACGGGCAGAGCCUUCCUCUUCAACAAGGUGGUGAACCUUCAGUACAGCGAGGUGCAGGACCGCGUGAUGCUGACGGGCCGGCACAUGGUCCGAGACGUCAGCUGCAAGAACUGCAACAGCAAACUGGGCUGGAUCUACGAAUUUGCCACAGAGGACAGCCAGCGCUACAAGGAGGGCAGAGUCAUCCUGGAGAGGGCGCUGGUCCGGGAGAGCGAGGGCUUCGAGGAGCACGUGCCCUCGGACAACUCCUGAAUACGGCAAACUGCUUCUUCGCCGAUCUGUUCAGCAACGUUACAGAAAAAAAAGGGGGGGGAAAAACAUCAGGGGUAGGUUUUUGACUCUGCUUUCAUGAUUGGUGGUGUAGAAAAUGAACACUUGCUUGAGACAACGCCUCCAGUUGCUGUGCGCUUCAUUCGGACUCAAUGGCCAGACAAGAGCAAGCGAUCAGUUUACUGAUUACUUGUCAAUUUUCUUUCUGUUAUUGUUUUUGUUUUUAAUGGAGAAGGGAGAAUUGCUUCCUGAAUGUUCUAAACUCUUGUUUCCACACCCGCUGUGCUUCUGCAGUGCUUUAAGGCACAACUAAGCGACAGUUCCAAUUUAUUAACCGAUGGCAUGUUAAUUUUAUUUGAUUAUUAAUAUAUACAAUUGAGAAUCACUUCCUGAA